AUGUCUCGCCCCGAAGAUCUCCUCCCUCCAGACCUCUUCUACAAUGACACCGAAUCCGCCAAAUAUACCACCUCGUCACGCAUAAAAUCCAUUCAAGCCUCUAUGACCCAUCGUGCCCUCGAACUCCUCGACUUGACACAACCAUCUUUCAUUCUCGACAUUGGCUGCGGCUCUGGUCUAUCAGGUGAAAUCCUGUCAGAAGAUGAACAUAUCUGGGUUGGCAUGGAUAUCGCACCAAGCAUGUUGGAUAUCGCCCUACAAAGGGAGGUCGAGGGAGAUCUUUUUCUCGCCGACAUGGGUCAGGGAAUUCCUUUUCGGGCUGGUGCAUUCGAUGCCGCCGUCAGUAUCAGUGCAAUUCAGUGGCUUUGCAAUGCCGAAACAAGUGGCGUCAGUCCCGAAGGCCGCCUGAGGAGGUUCUUUGAUGGUUUAUAUGCCUCACUGAGGAGAGGUGGCAGGGCGGUCUGUCAGUUUUAUCCCAAAAACAUUCAGCAAAGAACCAUGAUCUCCCAAGCCGCUAUCCGUGCAGGCUUUGGUGCUGGAAUCUUGGAGGACGAUGGUGGCACAAAGAACGUCAAGACAUACCUUGUCCUCAGUGUGGGUGGACCCGACAUCACAGGCACAGUGUCAAGGAUGGAAGGAGUCGACAUUGAGGACGGCAGAAAAGUACGUGAAGCCAUACACAAGAAGGGCAAACGAGGUCAGUUGGUCAAGGGAAGCAAAGGUUGGGUGCAACAAAAGAAAGAGAAGAUGAGAGCCAAGGGCAAGGUCGUCAAGACUGACUCGAAGUACACCGGGCGAAACAGAGGGCCUAAAUUCUGAAAGAACCAACAUAUGGCAUCUCUGCUGUAUUCCAUGUUGUUAUCUUGUUCGCGAAAGCGACAUGAAUAUUCAUAUUAGCAUGUCCAAGCCACUACCGAGCUAUGCAGGCUGCUAAACGACAAUGCGCCCUGGCGAUCCGACGUCCGCCGCCUAACCUCCAAGUCCAAACCUCAGGUAGCCAAUCGUCUG